CCCAGUAUCAGUGGGACUUUUGGCUAGGUUAUGGUGUCCAGUCGUUUGGUCAAGCCUGCUUAUUGGUAUAAGGGUAUUUCGAGAUGGGAUUUGCAUCUCUAAUCAGUCGAUUGCUUCUACCAUCAACAAAGGAGAUUGCCCUCAGCAAUGUGAAGCAGUUGGAAGCUAAGCAUCUAGGACUGGCAUGGUGGAUCUCGGUUAUCUGGCAUGCAGCCUCCAUCUCAUCCUGCUCCAGCAUCCUGGCCUGCAACUUCAAUCCUCAGUCAUCACAAGUUCUGAGACAGCUACUGGAGCUCCAGCCUUCAAGUUCACAUUCAAGCAGAGGAAGGAGUAAGGAAGGCAGACCAAAUGGAGCAUACCUUUCAGUGGAGUUGGUUUUUCUUUGUGUGUGUGUGAGGUGGGGGCGGGAGAGUGGGGGACAUAGGGAGGCCUUCUGUUUCCCCCCAACAUCUCAGCUCUUUAGUUUUUUUUAACAUCUCUUCCCACUGAGAACCAAGACUGAAGAAGUAGAUGCAGACCUGAAGAGAAGGCAGUAACUGGGCCACGGCCCUCAGGUUCUAGACCCAUGGACUCUGGAGACAGUUUCCUUUAAGCAGCCUUUUUGGACAUUCUACACACUUUUGUUUACAUCUCAUUGGCUGGAACAUAGCCCUCAAAGGGGGCCUGGAAAUCAUCUUCUAGCUGCAUGCAUUGUCACCUUAAAGAAAAUUGGGAUUCUAUUAUGAAGGAAAAAGAGGAAAGUGGAUGGGAGCGCAUGAAAGAUUUCUUAGAGAAGAGGGAUAAAGGAGAACUUCUCAUACAGAGAAACCGCAGACUGAAAGAGAAUCUUUUGAGACAGAUGCAGCUUUCCAUAUCUGAAGAUGGAUAUAUUCACUAUGGUGACAAAGUGAUGCUUGUGAAUCCUGACCAUCGUGAUAUAGAUACUGAUCUGUUUCUGGGUGGGGACCUGAGUCUGUGUAUGACUCCAGAUGAAAUUAAAGCCCACCUGAGUGAUGAACUAGAGGUGCCCUGUGGCCUGAGUGCAGCACAAACCAAGAUCCCAGUUGGUAGAAACACUUUUAUCAUUUUGAGUGUAGAUGGAAAUGCUGCUGGUCAAGUCCUUAGAUAUGGGCAGAACUUUUGCCUUGGGGUACAAGGAGGAUUUGCAGACAAAAUGUUAUUUUUAGCAAGUGACCACAGGACCCUACUGAAAUCAUCUAAGAAGUCUUGGCUCCAGGAAGUGUACCUGACAGAUGAGGUCUCCUACCUGAACUGCUGGCAGGCUGCCUUUCUCGACCCCCAGCUACGCCUGGAGUAUGAAGGCUUCCCUGUCCCGGCAAAUGCAAAACUCCUCAUCAGUCACUGCCAAACAAAUCGAGGACUGGCGGCCCACCGGCAUCUUUUCUUAAGUACCUAUUUUGGAAAGGAAGCUGAAGUUGCUGCUCACACAUAUUUGGAUUCACACAGAGUUGAAAAACCGAAGAAUCACUGGAUGUUGGUUACUGGAAAUCCCAGGAAGGAGUCAUCCACCAGGUUGGACCUGCCCAAACCCGCAGCCGAGGGCACCCAAGCCAUGGAGCAGGCCAUGGGCCUGAAUACACCAUAACACGCCAGCCCCCCUGCGGCCCUGCUUGCAUCAAAUGCAGCUUUAAAAGAAAUUAGCUAUCUUGGUCAUGCCUCAAGCUAUUUUUAAGAAGGUAUAGAACUCUCUGAACACUGUAUUAAAUCAGUGGAUUAGCUAACAUUAUUGAAUUGGUGAUAGGGGUCUAGAAAACUAGCCAGAAAGAAACUAGCACUGGGGCUUACCUCAUAAGUAGUGUUUGAACUUGACAGAUGAUGCUCCUUUGUUGAUAACUCAAAUCUGAAGAACUCAGCUUCCUUUACUUAAAACCUAUGUAGCAUCAUCUUCUACAAGGAUUAUGGGUUCCUUUUAAAAGCUGUGUCUAUGUAAUAAACUGUCAGAACUAUCCUGAGCUUUUGGCACUACUCUUCUCCUUUUGACUCUACAGUGUACUAAAAAUCAACAAUGUGUAGCGAGGUGUGGCCUUAUUUUUGGAGUUAAAAAAUUAUUCCCUCUUAAGCAUCCUAUUUUUGUUUCUACCUCUGUCUUAGGAGUCAGAACCUCUGCCUGACCAGUAACUUACUUUUUGUUAAGUUUGUAAUGCUUUCCAAGCUGUAGAAUUCUUUUAUCUCUGUCUUUGAAGCUGGUACAUUAGUUGUGGUAUCCAGUGUAAUCAUAAAAUUCUGGGAUAAAAUAAACAUAAAUCCUUCCA